AUGGCAUCGCCCGUCUCACAGAAGCUGGAGGAGAAGCUGGUGUGCUCCAUCUGCCUGGAGGUGUUCAGGGUGCCCGUGACCUUGCCCUGCGGGCACAACUUCUGCAAUCGCUGCAUCGGCGACCACUGGCGCAAGGAAGAGCAGGUGCCCACCGCGGCCGAGAAGGGCUACACGUGCCCCGAGUGCCGCAGGGGCUUCGAGCGGCGCCCGGAGCUGGAGAAGAACGUCACCCUGUGCAGCGUGGUGGAGCUGGCGCGGGAUGGCGAGGCGCGGGUCUCGGGCACAGAGAGGUGCGAGGUGGCCCACGGCGAGCUGUGCCCGCAGCACGGACGCCCGCUGGAGCUGUACUGCGAGGACGAGCGGCGAUGCAUCUGCUGCGUCUGCACCGUCCGGCAGUGCCAGCGGCACCGGCGGGGGNNNNCCGGACGCUGGUGCCUCCCUUCGCAGGCCCUUUUGAAAGAGUCCCUGGAAAAAGCCCAGGAGGAAUCGGAGAGGAUCGAGCGGGAGGUGCAGGAGCUGGAGGAGCAAAUGCACGGCAUCAAGGACUCCUCCGAGAGGCUCAAAUCAGUGAUUCUGAGCAAAUUCGCCCUCCUGAAGAAAGCCCUGGAGGAUUGCCAGUGGUGGACGGUGGCCAGGAUCGAGCAAGAGCAGGCAGCAGCGCUGGGGCGCGUGGGGGAGAACUGGAACCUCCUGAAGGACCGCCUGGACGUCCUCGGCCGGCACAAGGAGAGGGCUCAGCGCCUGCUGACCUGUCCCGACCACAGGACCUUCCUCCAGGAGUUUCCCCGACUCCCGUCUCCGGAGAGCCCGGAGGGCCACCCCAAAGGGCUCCAAGUCACCUUGAACCAUAGCCUGGCCGCUGUCACCACGCUGGGGACGUGGCUGCCAGGCACAGGGGGCCUGGUGCAGCCCGAGGGGCCGGUGGUGAAGAUGGUGGCCCCUCUCCCCGAGUGCCAGCUCCGAGCUGAGCUUCUGAAGGACCACCGCAACCUGACCUUCGAUCCCGAGACGGCCAACAAGUACCUGGAGCUGUCGAAAGAUAACCGGAAAGCCAAGCACGGCCCCGGUGCCGUCUGCGGGCGUCAGGGGCAGGGACCCCGCUUCGAGCCCUGGCAGGUGCUGUGCACGCAGGUGCGGCAUGGCGACAAGUUCAACAUCGGGCUGUACGGGGGCUCCUGGGGGCUGCAGGUGCGGGAGGAUUGCUACCUGGCCUGGCACAAGGGCCGGGCGGAGAAAAUCCAGGAGCGGCUCUAUAAGAACCUGGGGCUCAGCCUGGAUUACGGCAAGGGGCUCCUCUCCUUCUACGGCCUCGGGGAGAGGACGCAGCUCAUCCACUCCUUCCACGACGUCUUCACCGAGGCUCUCUAUCCCGUCUUCUGGCUGUGCGAGGGGCGAGCGGUGACGCUGUGCCGGAGGGGCUGA